UCUAUCCACACAAGCACGACUGAUGAAGUUUCGUGUAGAGCCUAUGUAUGCGAAGGCGCCAACCUUGCGGCCACCUCGAAGACGGGGCCGUACCUCCUCGCGGAUGUAUUUACCGCAUGAGCAAGGAGGAACUCGAAGUGCUUCGAACGCACCUCAAUGACCUCAUUGACAAGGGCUGGAUUCGCCCUAGCUGCUCGCCCUACGGUGCCCCCGUUCUCUUCGUCCGGAAGAAGAACAAGGAGCUACGCUUAUGCAUUGACUAUCGCAAGCUUAAUGCUCAAACCAUUAAGAAUGUCGGCCCGCUUCCACGCAUCGACGAUCUUCUCGAACGUUUGGGCGGCGCCAAGUAUUUCUCCAAGUUGGACCUCAAGGUCGGGUACCACCAGCUCGAGAUCCAUCCAAGAGAUAGGUACAAAACCGCGUUCAAGACAUGGUACGGGCACUUCGAGUGGGUCGUAAUGCCAUUCGGCCUCAUGAAUGCCCCGUCCACCUUCCAAGCGGCAAUGACAACGAAGUUUCGCGAUAUGUUGGACCGGUUCGUGCUCAUCUACCUCGAUGACAUCCUGGUGUAUAGCCGAACUUUGGACGAGCACAUCGUGCAUCUACGUGCCGUUUUGGACAGGCUGCGUACGGCCAAGUACAAGGCCAACCGAGCCAAGUGUGAAUUCGCACAGCAAGAGCUCGAGUACUUGGGCCACUUUGUGACGCCGCAAGGCAUCAGUCCACUUGCGGACAACAUCAAGGCCAUCCAAGAUUGGCCGGAACCGACCAACACCACGGAGGUUUGCUCUUUUAUGGGAUUGGUCGAGUACUACCAACGCUUCAUCGGAGGAUACGCAUGGAUCGCCGCACCGUUGUCAAGAUUGCAGUCUCCACAGAUGCCCUUCCACUUCACCGAUGAAGUCCGCAGUUCGUUCCACAAAUUGAAGACGGCAUUGCUCCUCGCUCCUGUCUUGAGUAUCUAUGAUCCCACCUUGUCUUGGAACAACACGACGGAGUAGAUUGGCAUCCGGUUGAGUACUUCAGCCAAAAGGUGCCUCCCAUCAACUCGGUUGAUGAUGCGCGAAAGAAGGAGUUUCUCGCAUUCGUCACGGUACUC